AGUAUUUACAAAUUAACAUCCUCUUUGGCCCAUCCCUUCUUAUUGAGUGCACGUCUCUUUGGCACGUGUAAGAAAAUGGCUUCUCCAACAUCACGUCGCAAGCUGAAUUCCAUUCGCACUAUUGAAGACAACGAUAGAUGCUUCGAGUGCGGCAUAUCAAAUCCACAGUGGGCAUCGGUAACUUACGGCAUAUGGAUUUGCCUAGAGUGCUCUGGUGUUCACCGCAGCCUUGGAGUUCAUCUUUCCUUUGUACGAUCAAUAACGAUGGACAAAUGGAAGCAAAUUGAAUUACAGAAAAUGAUUGUAGGUGGAAAUUAUAAGGCUAAGCAGUUCCUAGAUAGUCAACCAGAUUACCACUGUAAUCUGACAAUUCCAGAAAAGUACAACACACAAGCAGCUGCUAUGUACAGGCAAAAGAUUGCCGCAUUAGCCGAGGGAAGAGAUUGGAGUAUCUUAGAUUAUAGCCCUAAUCAACACCAACACAAGAGAGAUUGGAGUUUGUCGCCAGAUGCUAGUUUAUCAGAUCUAGAAAGAAGUAGUUCAGAUUUUGAUAGCAGUUAUCACAGCAGUGAAUAUGGGACACCAAAACCCUCUACAUCACAAUCACCUACACCAUCAGGCAAUAAUAAUAGCAAUGAAAUUAUAGACAACACCUUGUCAUCACUAGCUUCUGGUUGGUCGAUGAUUGCCUCAUCUGUUAGUAGUGCGGCACGUUCUGCUUCUGAUAAUGCCAUACGCUUUGGAGGUCUCGCUUCUCAAAAAGUAUCAGAAAUCGCCACAGUAGUUACUGAAAAGGUGAAUAACCGUGCGGGCUGGACUCACUUAAGAGGAAAUACUGAUAUCAAAUGUGGCAGUGAUUCUGAUGUACAGAGUAAAAGAAAAGAUUAUAAGGAUGUGAAGUGUUACACCUCGGACUCUGAAUCUAGAACACCAAGUCGGCCUUUAAAGGAGUCCACUGUAGCACGUAAUAAUUUUGGUGCCUGUGAUGUAUCUCAAGUUGGUCUAAACAGUACAGCACCUAAUUUAGAUUUACCUGCCCCUAAAGCAGCCAGAGAUAGUAACUCUGAUUCUUGGGAUUGGCUGAACAAUUAAUGAUGUAUGUAUCACAUAUUAUAAACUCAUUACAACAUGUCAACUUUUACCUAUACUAUCUCUUAAGGUGGAUCCACACAUGCCGCCGUGUUUGCCCACGGAAUGGAGCCAAUUUUUUAUAUCAAUGCUGCUGUAGGCCGCAGUAUCGCUAUGAUUAUCGUUGAAAUUAGUGGCGUAUUACUGUGUCCAAAAGGCCGUUGGGCCGCAGCGUGCCGCCGCGCUUGUGUGGCGGCACCUUUAGGAUCCAUCUUAACUUUAAAAUUUAAUAAAGAUAAUUAAAUCCCUUGUCAUUUCAAUUUCAAAUUUAUAAGCUUUAAGAGAUAUGGAAUCAAAAUCAUUUAUAUUUAAAAGUAGAUUUAUUAGUAUUUCCAAUAGCAAAUAAGAAGGAAACUAAAAAAAAUAAGGUGGCCUAUUUUUAGGUCACUCACAGAGAUAUUGUAGUUAACAUACUUUUUUAGGUGUGACCUCAAACACAUGGCAGUAACGAAGAUUAAAAUAAUUAAAUGGUGAAGCAUUUUUGUCACUCAUCGUACAUUUCCAAUGCUAGAUUAAUUAAAUAUUAUAUAAAUUAAAAAUAAACAAAGUUAGGUAUUAAAAUAUAAAAUUUUAUGCAUGCUUGUUGAGAGAUAUUUUUUUAUUUGUAUGCAUGAUUUUGGAAGUUCUGAAAGACUGUUGUGUUUAAUUUAUUUUAAGAAUUUAUUGCUCUGUGUUUAAAUGCCUGAUGUGUGUAUGUAUGUGUUAAACUGAGAUUAGAUUAUAUUUUAAAUCAUGUUUACUGUAUACUUAUAUAAUGAAAAAUAUUCCAAUGUAUGUGAAAUUAUUCUGAGCUAAGUUAUUUAAAUAUAAAUAGUGGUGUUAAUGUUUUUGCACGCUACCCACAUGUUAUAUUGUGAAAUAAUAAAUGUUAAUAUUAAUAAGAAAUAAAUGUUAUAUUUUAAAUUAUC